CGCUGAGUAUCGACCGUGUGUUCAAGUGAUCCAGCGUUCUGUAGAAGAGAAAUCCUCGCAAAGCGCUCAGAAUUGACCUUUCUCCUCCUUGUUUGACUCUGUGAUGUUUCUAAAAUGAUCGGCUUUCAGGAUCUUUCAGACCUGCCCCAAGUUGAGAAUCAGGACUGAAAAGGACUUCUUGUCCUGAGCUGUCCUCACAGGAACCACGCCAUUGCUGCUGCCACUUCGUAGUUACUUGCUUAUUUGCUUGGCACUACUACUCCCAAUUCACUUCGCCACCAUGCCGAAGAGGAAACGGUUUUGGCUCUCGAACAUACUCGCUAGAAGACAGAAACUACGACGGGCUCAGGAGUCUGCUGAAGCCACAGCUGCACGCCUUGAGGCUGAUAGACUACGUAAGCAACAGACCAGAGCUUUGGAAACACCUGCUGCCACAGCUGCACGUCGUGAGGCUAAUCGACUGCGUAACCGACAGGCCAGAGCUUGGAAAUCAUAUGCUGCCACAGCUGCACGCCGUGAGGCUGAUCGGCUGCGUCACCAACAGACCAGAGCUUUGGAAUCACCUGCUACUGCAGCUGCACGCCGUAAGGCUAAUCGGCUACGUCACCAACAGACCAGAGCUUUGGAGUCACCUGCUGCCACAGCUGCUCGCCGUGAGGCUGAUCGUCUGCGUCACCAACUGACAAGAGCUUUGAAAUCACCUGCUGCCACAGUUUUUCCUGUGGAGUUCUGGCAGCUUUCAGUGAGUGAAGGAGAGGUUACGACUGAGCAGCAGGAGAGGUGCACCAGUCUGAACCAGGAGAUUACUGAGCCUCCACACAUCAAAGAGGAACCAGAGGAACUGUGGUGGGGUGGUAAUGAAGAAGGUAUCAGCAUGCUCACUUUUGAUCCAGUCCAUGUGAAGAUAGAAGAAGAUGAAGAGAUACCUCAGUCCUCACAGCUUUAUCAAAGACAAACAGAGCAUGUGGAGAGUAGAGCUGAUGGAGAAGACUUUGGAGGACCAAGAUCAGCCAUGUACUAUGAUCCAGAGAGAGAUUUACAACCAGCAACUGAGGUCAAGAGUGAGGACCCCUCUGGGGCGGAGACUGAUGACAGUGCUGAUUGGAUGGAGAAAACAGAAGACCAAUCAGUUUUAACUUUAGUGGGAAACCUCAAAAAUAAGAUAAGAAAGACUAAUAAAAAAUUACAUCAUUGCUCUGAGUGUGGUAAAAUAUUUAACCAUACAGGUCAUCUUAGAGAUCAUAUGAGAAUUCACACUGGAGAGAAACCUUUCAGCUGCUCUGAGUGUGGUAAAAAACUUUCCUGUCAAACAAGUUUGACCAGACACAUGAGAAUACACUUAGGAGAGAAACCCUUUGGCUGCUCUGAGUGUGGUAAAAGAUUUUUUUAUCAAGCAAAGCUUACCAGACACAUGACAAUACACUUGGGAGAGAAACCCUUUGGCUGCUCUGAGUGUGGUCAAAAUUUUAAUCAAAAAAAUCAUCUAAUUAAUCAUAUGAGAAUUCACACAGGAGAGAAACCCUUCAGCUGCCUUGAGUGUGGUAAAAAAUUUAUCCGCAAUGAAAGUCUGACCAAACACAUGUUUGUUCACACCAGACAGGAACUCUUUAGCUCCAUUGAGUGCAGUGAAGGAUUUAACCUUAAAACUCAAGUGAUGACACAUCAGAGAACUCACACUGCAGAGAAACACUUCAGCUGCUCUGAGUGUGGAAAAAUAUUUGGCCUCAAAAGUACUUUAAUCAGACACAUGAGGAUUCAUUCAGGAGAGAAACCCUUUGACUGCUUAGAGUGUGGUAAAAGAUUUAGCUUUAAAAGUUCUUUAACUAAACACAGUAGGAUUCAUUCAGGAGAGAAACCCUUUGACUGCUUAGAGUGUGGUAAAAGAUUUUAUCUUAACAGUAAUUUGACCAAACACAUGAGAAUUCAUUCAGGGGAUAAACCCUUCAGCUGCUCAGAGUGUGGUAAAAGAUUUACCCAAAAAAUUUCUCUAACAAGACAUAUGAUACUUCACACUAAACAGGAACUCUUCCCCUGCUUAAAGUGUGGUGAAAAGUUUAACCUUAAAAGUUCUCUGAUUUUACACAGGAAGAUUCAUGCAGAAGAGAAACCCUUUCAAUGCCCUGAGUGUGGUAAAAGAUUUAACCUUAAAGGUAAUUUGUCAAAACACUGUAGAAUUCACACAGGAGAGCAACUCUUUGACUGCUUAGAAUGUGGUAAAAAAUUUAAUAAGAAAGGAAAUCUGACAAGACACAUGUUGGUUCACACUAAAGAGAAGCUCUUCAGCUGUGACAAAAACUUAGCCUGAAAAAUUUUUGGGGUUUACACUAGAGAGUUCAUACAGGAAAGAAACCAUUCGACUGCUCAUAGUGUUGUAAAAUAUGUAACUCUAAACAUCAGCAAGCACAUAUGAGAAUGCACUUGGGAGAAAAGUUCUUUAGCUGCUCUAAGUGUGGUCAGAGAUGGACUUGACGAUGUGCUGUGAUCAGACAUAUGUUAGUUCACACUAGGCAGACAGCAUUUUAGAUGCAUUGGGGUGUGGUAAAAGAUUUAGUGUUGAGAAUACUUUGAUCAGCCACAGGACAAACCAUACAGGAGAGAAAUGCUUGAGAUCCUCUGAGUAUGGAAAAAGGUUACAACUAUUUUAUCUUUCCAGACAUUUGUUAGUUCACAAUAACGAGAAAUUCAAAUGAUUUAAAUGUGGGGAAAAAAAGAUUUAGCCUUAAGAGCAAUUUGAUCAGACACAGGAUAGGUCAUACAGGACUUCAGCGUCUUUGAGUGUGGUCAAAGAUUAACCUGACCAGACAAACCAUAUGCUAGCUCACACUUGAAAGAAGAUAGGAACUUAUUUACUGCUCUUAAUGUGUUGAAACAUUCUCUGAAAAUCCUUAUUUUGCACUUAACAGAUAUUAGAAAUCAUCAUUUCAAAUGUCAUUUCCGGAGCAAGCUCUCUCUUUUGGACAAUUGUGUACAACCGCUAAUG